AUGACGAAACCCGGGGAGCUGGCGCCAUGGGAGAGCGCCGUUGCAGGUGCUACCGGUGCUGUCCUCGCAAAUGCGCUGGUCUAUCCGCUUGACAUUGUCAAGACAAGAUUACAAGUGCAGAUAAAGAAGAAAGGCCAUGUACACCAGCACACGGCCGAGCACCAUCACUAUGAUUCCACGUGGGACGCCAUCAAGAAGAUUGUCGACCAUGAGGGCGUCAUCGGCUUAUACUCGGGAAUCAAUGGUGCUCUGAUCGGUGUCGCCUCCACAAACUUCGCCUACUUCUACUGGUACUCAGUGGUGCGGUCGCUAUACACAAAAUACCGAGUCGCCCCGGGAGGACACCCCGGGACAGCUGUCGAGUUGUCUCUGGGUGCCGUUGCGGGCGCCAUUGCGCAAAUAUUCACAAUUCCCGUGGCGGUCAUCACCACGCGGCAGCAGACACAGCCCAAGGGCCACAAGAAGGGCCUGUGGGAGACAGGCAAGGAGGUUGUCCACAGUGAAGAUGGCUGGUCUGGACUCUGGAGGGGUCUCAAGGCCUCUCUGGUGCUGUGUGUCAACCCCGCAAUCACGUAUGGCGCUUAUCAGCGUCUGAAGGACGUUAUGUUCCCUGGUCGGGAUCGACUCCAUCCAUGGGAGGCUUUCGUUCUUGGAGCAAUCUCUAAGUCCAUCGCCACCAUCUGCACCCAGCCUUUAAUCGUCGCCAAAGUCGGCCUUCAAUCCCGACCUCCCCCAGCCCGGGAAGGCAAACCAUUUAAGACCUUUACCGAAGUGAUGGCAUACAUCAUCGAGCAUGAAGGUCCCCGCGCUCUGUUCAAGGGCAUGGGCCCUCAACUCAUGAAGGGUCUGCUAGUGCAAGGGAUCCUCAUGAUGACCAAGGAAAGAGUGGAGCUGUUGUUCCUGUUACUCUUCUCCUACGUCCGGAUCAUCAGGCAAAGGAAGCUCAAGGAGGCCGCCGCCAAGCUCAAGGAGAACGCGGAGAUCCUCAAGAGCCGAGCCAUGCCCGUGGCGGAGAACGUCCUGCAGAAGGCAAAGGCGAGUGUGCCUGCUACCAUCAAAUGA